GGUGGGCAAACCAGAAGAUUGCAGUUGGCAAUCAGCAGGUUUUUGGAGACCAGCAUUCCAGUGAGGAUGCAGCGGAGACAGUAGCAAUAGACUCUAACAAUCAGCCGAAGUCUCCACUGGAAAAGUUCAUGGUCAGACUGUGUACGCAUCACCAGAAGCAAUUCAUUCGUGUACUAAACGACAUAUACACUGAAGUACAACCAGACUCUGAAGGCCAGCAAUUGCCUGAAUCUGAGACCAUGGAGGCCACUACUUGUGGCUCAGGUUGUAGCCAGCGAAGCACUGAAAAUCAGGAUAAGGGUGCUACUUGUACUGAAUCGAAGCCCCCUUAUUCCUCAGACCCAGGACAGUCAGGGUCCGAUGGCCCUCUGCAUGUUACAGGACAAAACCCAAAGCAGCUGACGGAGCUGAAAUCUAUGGACAGAGCUGACAACUCCGGUCCUGCUUUGAGAAGGGACUUCUCUGAGCUUCCCAUCACCAGACUUCGUUCCUCUAGUCCAAAGGAUAGCUCUACCCAAGGAUACCUCAGCAUGUUGAACUCUUCCUCUUUGAAUUUCCAUCAUGCCGCUAAGAGCCUGGAAGGGCAGCAAGCCACUGAACACGAGCAAGAAGCCGGUACCAGAAAGUGUGAGGACAAUAAAGACCAGCUAGCAGGUAAGACUCUUGUGGAAGGUUAUAUCUCGGUCAAAGUGGCAAAUGUGAACGGCAGCGAAGACAGCUUAGAUGGCUGUCUGGGGUCCCAGAAGAGCUCUUUCAGAGCUCUGCCAGAAGAGUCCUGGGAUCCUGGCUUUGCGGUGACCCCGCCUCGCAGAGCCGACAAAGAGAACACUUUGCAAUGCAGCUCGAAAGCAUCUUUUCACCAGGACUUAGACGCAAAAGAACAAGAUGUGAGACCAAAGCAAGAAAACCACCCGCACACCAUGGCCAAGGGCAAGGCAGGCUGCCACCUGCACCCAGCCGACAAAGGCCCACUUGACAAGUCCAAAGAGGGCUGGCUGCCUGCCAGCACUGCGCCAGCCGCCCACCACACCACCGGUGGGCACCCCCGCACCAAGGCAGCCGCUCUCAGAUCCACUAGGAAGAGCAAGAAGGCAUCGGGGCUGAGGAUCAACGACUACGAUAACCAGUGCGAUGUGGUCUACAUCAGCCAGCCCAUCACUGAAUGCCAUUUCGAGAGCCAGCGGACGGUGUCAUCCCGCAAGACAGCGAGGAAGAGCACCCGGGGGUACUACUUCAAUGGGGAGUGCUGUGAACUCCCGACUGUCCGCACGCUGGUUAAGAGUUCCCGAGUGGAGGAGAGGGGGAGCAGCCCAGCACUGAGAACAGAGACCUUUGUCAGCAGUAAACCACCCCUGGUGCUCUCGGUAGGGGGUCCUGCAGGGACAGGGAGGGAAGGCGAGAAGAGGGUUUCCCUGAGGCUCCUGGCUAAAGCAGCACCAGCCAGCCAAGAAACAAAAGAGAGAGCUGAGUUGGGCUCUGUGCAGCUCCGGGAUACCCGGGCGCUGCGGUCGAGGGAAGCCGCUGUGGCCAUGCCCUUCUUCUCCCUCUCUGCUCCACCCAGCCCCCAAAAAGAGGACAGCUUGGCCUGCUCACCAUCCCCGAGUUCCCCUCUUGCCGAAGGAGGGGGGACAAAAGCAGGAGACUCUGUCCCCUGGGAGGCUGGCAGCAACCUCAGCUCCUCCAGGGACAGCAGUGGUGGCAGGCAGGCUUCCAAUUGUGCUGCCCUUCCCAUCUCAGAAGCACCUGGCAGGGAGGAAGGUUGUCCAGGCUCCAACAAGCAAACUGAUUUGGACCUCUGCACCAGCCUGGAGCCAAAAUCUCCCUUGCAGCCCCCUGCCAGUGUGGACACAGCACUCCUGGCCCUUGAUGGUACCGGGAUUCCUGCCCAGCUUCCAGCCACAGGAAACACGGAGCCCUGUGGACUGCGUCUGGUGGAGCCUUCCCCACACUCUCCAGGCCAGCAGGCUCCCAGUGAGCUCCCUGCCACCAUGGAUGGAGAGAGCUCCCCAAAGCUCCCUGCCACCUUGCGGUGUGUGGAUGUGAACAAAAGCAUUGAUGCUGAAAUGGAAGCCAAAUUAUCAGGCAUAGUGGGUGACAGCUCCAUGGAGCAAGAGGAGGCUGUGCCAGCCAGCACAGCCCUUCCCGAAAUCCUGGAAGGGGAUGCAGUGCAGAAUAACAGCCCGGCAGAUGAAAAAGAGCCCAUUGAAGGGGAAAUGCCACCUGAACCCGAUGGCUCAGACACUGCAGGAAAAGACUCCAUCUCUUCCAAAGACAGUCUAGACAAGAAGCGAAAGAAAGGCAGGAGAGUGCUUGUGGCAUCAGACCGGCGUCUCCGAAGCCAGCAAUCCCAGUCACCCGCUGAGGGCAGUGUGGAGGACACUGGUUCUUCCAGCUCUUUGCAGCUUCCUUGCCUUCAGAUCGAAUUCUCCAAGAGCCCUGAUGCUAAGCGGUUCAAGAGAGAAGCGCACAUGGAUGAGAUAGGGUCCGUGCAGUUCCCAAAUGCACAGCUCAAAACCAGUGAGGGGCUGGGCACCAGCCAGGCACCAGAGAACAUCGCUGAGCAGCGGCCAGGUGAGAAUGGUGUCACUACCAGACAAACCUAUAAAAGCAUCUUAGCGAAAGAGACUGCAGCAGAGGGAGAAAAUUCCUCUGAUGAUGACCCCCCUGCAAACAGCAACCAAAGUCAACCGGGUGAGAUGCUGGAAAUCAACAUCCAGGCUGAUUCUGAGAAGCGAAGUGUUCUCCUCCCUCUGGAGAGCAGCGUGCCUGCAAAUGAUGCUGAGCAACUGGAUGUGAAAUCAGAUGAUGCCAGCACAGAGAACGAGGAGAGCUCUGACGGUGCCAUGGACACAGGAAAGCUGGAGAACUAUGAGCUGGUGGCCAAUUUGCCUCCAUGUCCCAAUAGCAGAGGUGGAAGCAAGCAUCUUCCAGCAAAGGCUGUGAAACAUAAAAAGGCUGCCCCUCAGUUUUACAACUUAAGACACACACCUGCACCUGUAGAUGCCGCAAAAAAGAGCACACCGGGGAAGGAGUCUAUGCAAGCAGUCCCCAAACUGAGGGAAGAAUGCAGUUCAGGGAAUGACGACUUCCCAGCACUGGAGGACAUAGACAUGGUUGACAGCAAACCAAAGUUCAUGGAGUGGUGUGCUGAAGAGGAGAACCAGGAGCUCAUUGCCGAGUUCAAUGCUCAGUAUAUGAAAGUUCAGAAGGGCUGGAUUCAGCUGGAGAGAGAGGUGCAGCCAACACCCAAGGUAAAGAACAAAGCCGACAAACUGAAAGAGAUUUGGAAAAGCAAGAAAAGGACACGAAAAAGUAGAGGGUCACUGGAAGCACAGAAGCUUUCUCCUGUUCAAAUGCUAUUUAUGAAGGCCUUUAAGCUGUCUGACAUCUGCCAGUGGUUUCUGGAGACAACCGAAACCAGAUCUCUAGUGAUCGUGAAGAAACUUAACACCCGUCUCCCAGGGGAGAUCCCCCCCAUCAAAGUCCCCAUGCAGAAAUAUUCCUCCUCCAGUCUCUACCCCAGCUCACUGCAAGCCGAACGUUUGAAAAAACACCUCAAGAAGUUUGCUGCCACUACCCCAGCUCGGAAUAAUCUAAAGAAUCAAAAGCUUUGGGCCAAAAUUCGGGAGAAUGCUGACAAAGCAGAGGCUGAAGAAGCCACUGCCCCCAGACAGAUAUCUUCCACUGAUGUUGGCACCGAGGACCUGAGCGAAGACAAAACCAUCCAGCCUGCCCCCAGCUUGCCCACACAGGCCAGCACCAGGAUCCUGCGCAAGUACUCCAACCUGCGGGGCAAGCUGCGAGCGCAGCACCGCAUGGUGAAGGUGGAGAAGAAGGGUGACGGUCUAGGGGACCAUCCAUCCCUAGAGAAUAAGCAGAGCCGGAAGAGUGUGUGCAUCAACCCGCUGAUGUCUCCGAAGUUGGCCUUGCAGAUCAAAGCAGAUGCCUUUCCUGCUAAAUCUCCAUCAGUGGAUGUGACGGGGAAGGGACGGAAGGGGAAGGGUAAGUCCCAGGAGGACUCCUUGCCCAAAGCCGACCUCCAGCUCAACAAGAAGAAGAGGACACUGAAAGAGAGCGGGAGCACUCAGGAGCGGUCCAGCUCCUCCACGAAGGAUAAGCUGCCUGCCAAGAAGGCCAGUAAAAUAAAGCAUUCGGAGGUCAGCACGAAGGCUUCCGCCACCCGAAAGCAGGCAGCCAUGGAAAGGAGCAAUAAGUUGGCUAGAAAAAUAUCUUUGAAAGAGAAGAAAGCCCCAAAAAGGCAGCUGGAGAAGUUGCGGCUCCCCAUGCGGAAGGGCAAGGAGAAUACGAGCAGACGGGCUGUACUGCCCCCUGGCCACGAGGAGUUGGCCAAGUCCCCGAAGCAAAAGCCUCUGGGGGAGUCCUCCCCACGGCCACAGAAGAUGGCCAACAAGAAGCCCAGCGGUGGGAAAACCCUGACGAGGUCCAUGAAGAAGAUGCAGGAGAGCAGCGGGUUACAGGGCAAGAGGAAGCUGAGGGCAAAAGCGGACUGUUCGCACAGCAAGCGCUCACGACUGGACCUGAAAUAGCAAAGAAGCGGUAGCCAUGUACAAAACUGAUGUAUAGUAGUAACCCUUUACCAUACAUUAACUAAAGCUGCUUAUAUAAGCUGUAGCAAGCCUUUAAAAAUCCGCAGUUAAAGGAUAAUGCCCGUGAUCUUAGGCAUCAGCAGAUGUGUGUCAGACAGAGAAGAAGUUGGCCUGUCUGGCUCUGCUGUCCAUAAGGAAGUUUCUGCAGUUUGAACGUUCCUUGGGUUUUUUUUUUAAACUUGGAACCAGGCAGUUUUAGUUAAAAGUACAGUGCCUUAUUUAUCACUUUAAAAAUAAAAAUAAGAAGCUCGUCUGUGUGAUUUGGAGGCUUGCGUUUUAUACUUGAGGCACAAGCACUUGUACUGUAGCAGAAAGAAAACCACCUUCGUGCACAUGAAGUAGCUUUCAGCAGCCUUUGGGUGCACGCAAACAUUUCCCUUUCCUUCAGAGUCCUCCUUCUGUCUGUCUUCUUAGUGGCAUUUAAAGCAAAACCAAAACCAUUUCCCAUCGGUGAGGGAGAGAAAGGCAAAUCUGUCCUCUGUCGGUUUGUUAGUAGCAGCUGCUGGUGUCCCAUACUGUUACCUGCAUAGAAGUAUUAAUUAGCUACUGGUGUGUGUACUGCUGAUGGCUGCCUCGCUCCCCCAUCGCACAGCCCGUGGGCUGGGGCGGUCCCGCUCAGGUGGAGGUGGCGGAGGAGAUGCUGUGAGUACCAGGCUGCCACAUCCACUGCUGCCAGCUGGAUGUGCUGGGCUGUAUCCGUCUUUAUUUCUUGCUGGCUUCAGGGAUGAAUCGGUCCUGCUUUUGGGCAGACUUCCUUCUCCCAUUUUGCUGCGCUAGUGGUGAUUUCUGUGGUCUCUGAUGGCAAAGCAGUUUCUGCAGCACUUUGCUGGAGGUUGAAUCUCUCCCUUUUUUCAGGCUAGAGUUCCUUCUGAUGUUGGUGCUCUGCAGCAGGGCAGACCUGGCCCUUUCCCUGUGCUCUUGUGCACGUCUUGCCUUGCGCCCUUCUAAACCAGGAUUUGCAGUUGGAAUAGGGUUGGGAUAAGGGACUGACUUAGGUUAUUUUUACCAUAAUUUGCCUUUUGCCCUUUUACUAGCAAGGUGCAGUUGGUUUGUCCUUGCUUGUAUCUGGUGCUGUGGAGUCUGAAAGCAGCCAAGCCUCUGCCCUGUCCUGCAUGACACCUUUGCAGGGCUUCUCUGCAAGCUGUGCAGCACAUUUAAAAGCCAGCUGGGGUCUGCAGCGACAGAACAAGGUCACGGUGCCUAGCAUCUCUGAGAAGAGCUUGUAAGAAGUGAAUGGAGCACGUGGCUCUGCUGUUUCUGCCAGGCAGAGAUGCUCAGCAGCUGAGAAGGUUCUGCUGUGGUCUGCGCUUGGGGAAAGGACCCUGCUCAGCCAUUGCAUCUCCAUGGCUUUACUGUUGCAUUGCACAAAGUCCAUUUGCCAGAAUCCCAAUGCAAGCCUCCUCCCGUGCAGAAAGCACCGACGCCUGGAAGACACUGGGCAGGCUCUGGGGUUGCCCGACCUUUAACAGCCGCUUGCCUGUCCUUGCUCAGCAAUUUGUCCCAGCUCAGAGCAAGACUCUGGGUCAGGCCACAUGUUUGAGAGGUGCCUGUCCUGGGAGCAGAGGCUAGAGAAGGCUCGGCUGCAACAGGAAUUACUUUUCACAGUUGGCAUUGAACCCCAGAUCCCAAAGCCCAUGGACUGGAGGUGGAAAGCAGAUAAUCCUCUUUAAAUCUUUCGUUGCACCCGUUUAGAGGAUGAAGCAAGGCGUUUGAGAUUCAUAUGCCCUUCGCAGAGCACCUCUGGCUCUCUUGCAGGUAUUCCCUUCCCCCAUCGCUGACGCACACGAGGCUGCGGCACAUUUUUCUCUUACUAUGAAAUGGCUGAUUUAAAAAAAAAAAAAAUCCUUUACCUUUCCUUUGAAUCAUUCUAGAAUAAGUUAACUCUCUGAACAGCUAGGAAGUGAUUAAAUCUAGCCUGUCAGUCCCUGUACAGAUUAAUAUGAAGUUAUCUAUUACUUUAAUUUUUACUGCAUGCAUUAAAUAUGUCAAACAUUCCAUCAGAAAAGAUUUUAAAGCAUUUCAGGAGAGGUGUGAGGCAGGAGGGCGCUGAUGGCAGUUAAAUGACUGUACCUUUCUUACAGGUUGUCUUUCCCUCUUGCUUCUCCUUCUGUACUUAGGGUUCUCCUGUAACCUCUGGCUGGGGCAGCCUCUCUGCAGGCACACAGGCCUGGGGUUUCCCGUCCUUCUCCUGAGCCGGGGGUGCGUGUGAGCUCCCCUAUUAUCUCUGCUCCUCAUGCUGCUCCCCAGCAGCAACCCCCCUUUUCCCUGUCCUUCACAGCCCCGCUUUCUCCAUCCGUCACCAUGCACCGAGCACUCUUUGGGGUUUUCCCUCUCUCUUGCUCUAUAAUCCUUCAGCUGCUGGUAAAUGCAGGCUGCUCUGCUUUUCUAUCUUCCAUGCUUCUGGGAGUGGGAACUUCAUUAGGAUAAAAACCUUGACAAAGCAAGUGGCGAGAAGCUUUUUGGCUGGGGUGCUGCUGCUCCAGCCUCCUGGCUGCCUUCCUGCACCCAAGGGCUCCACCAGCAUCAGCAUCGCAAGGGUACGGAAUGUAGCAAGGGUGGGAGACAGCAGCCGUCACUGCGCUGGAAGCGGAGCAGCAUCUGGUCCACUGUCCCAGGUCGGUGCACACUGCUUGGCUUAGGUGGUGGUGGGUUCCUGGCAGUGUCUCUGCUAGCAUCAUCUUCAGAGAGGAAUGGAAAGGAGCUGUCAGGGGAGAAAUCAAGAGAUUCUAGAAGGACAACCACAUUCCUCGCACCCCUCUGAAUUUCCAGCCUUGCUCUGCAGUUUUCUGUCUCAUGCUGCUGUGUUUCAGCUUAGUUGGAUGGAGAUUUCCUGUGCUGAAGGCAGAUCCCCAUGGGAUGCAGACCUGUCAGCAGAUGCUGUAGGAGUCCUCCAGCUCUGGGAGGGAGUGAGGUGACAUUGGCAAUGCUAGUCAGUGUGCAGGUAAGGCGUGAGGCUCAAAGCUUCUGCAGCUUAUCCCAGGCUCCAAUCAUCUUCAGCCAGCAGCUCUUUCCCUUCCUGGGGAAUGCUAGAGGUGUUCAGCAAGCCCUGGCUUUCCCACGUUAGGUCCAGCAUGUCCUGUGCAAAAAGCAACGUGUGGAAUCUGUGCAAAGAGCAACAGGAGCUGGGCUGUGCCUCGUAGGCGUAAAUCUGAUUUUUUGCACCCUUUAAUGAGAAAAGGUAGAGAGUGGAGGUUUUGUCCAGAUAGGACUGAAAAGAGGCUUUUGGGCUGGGCUGUGGAUUGUUACUCUUGUCUUUAGAAAGCAAAUGAUGAAAGUAAAUAAUUCUGAGUUUUUUUUCUGGAGAAAACCAUUUUUACAUAAAUUACCCUAGACGGCACACAGGGGUGAGCUGCAUGGCCCUCGUGGGCACUUCGCUCCUGUGGGUGGAGCAGCAGUUUGGGCACCUGCAGGGACAGGGAGCAGGGGGCUCGCAGGAGGUGCUGAGCCGGGCUGUCCUGAGAGAAUGAGAUGGGCUGGGGUCUUGUCAGCAGGGACCCCCCAACUCCCUGCUCUGACGUCCUCAGGGCCAGGGCUUUUCCCAGCCAGGCACACAAACCCUGCUCAGAGCUGCUCUGCUCUCUGCCUCCUCCUUUCCUCCCUACAACUUCCCCCUUAUUUAAAAAUUGCAGUUUCGAGGAAAAUCAGUGUGAGUCUUCUCUGCAUCGUGCUGUUUGUGAGAACUGGCAGGAGCGUUUUCUCCCACACCUGCUAUGCUGGGCGGCGGGUUUAACUCAUGCAGGGAGUUUUUGUGGAGAGCAAGCAGGCUUGUUUGCCGAGGAAUAGGGAGGCUGAAGCCAUCACGUAUGGCUGAAUUAUUGCAGCAAGCACUUGAGGCAUGUCCUCUCCAGCCCACCUCGAGGUGGGAAUAUUGGUGCUUUUAGUACAAGUUCUCUGAAAUACAGAUCUGUGCAGUUACCCCAGCCAGGGGACGAUGGCCUGGGGGUGAGGAAGGCGUGGGGUGGUCAUCAUCUCUAGAAAAGCAUUCAGACUUUGUGCUCUGAGGAAAAGUCCAGCUCCUUGCUGGGCUCCUUUCCUUGCUGUCACUGCUCUGAGACUGCUGUCUUCAGCCCCCACUGUCUCUCCUUGUGCAUUCUCCACUUGACACCCAUGGUAGCUUCCAGGUCUUGGUAACUACAAUACCUGCUUUUAACGUGCUUCACACUUGCUCUUGUGAGUGCUUUAUUUUGGAGCAGGAAGGAGGAAUACUGUAAUUUACUAGAAAAUUAAAUUGAAAUUUAAUUACAUUGAAAUUAAUUAAAUUGGAAUUUAAUUUUCUAGAAAAUUAAAAGGUCUGAUUGUGAGGUGACCACCUGGCAGAGUGGCAUUGCUUGGGUAGCUCCACUUUUUUAUCAAGGCUCAGGUGUUUGAAUUUUUUCUCAUUUUCUUUUUUUCCCUGAUCAGUUCUCACGUUGCAUUAUUGUCUUCCUGAUUUCCCUUCCGAUUUCCUCUCUCCACAGAGCCACAUUUGAGCUAGACCAGUGCAGAAGAGACAUAAAAAUAAGUAGAGGUAAUACUGUAUGUAUAUAACAUUUUGCUCUUUGUUAAUGACUUGGGACACGCACUACUCACUCCUCUGCGUUCUGCAGCAAGGCAGUGGUGAGCUGCGCUGCCAAAGUCCUGCCCCUGCUUUAGAGCAGCACAUUCCCAAGAAAUGGAGCUUCUAUGCAAUGCAAGAGAUGCACAGGGAGCUGCAGGUGAUCUUAAUGAAUGGAAAGAAAUAUGAAACAAGAUUUAUCGCCUUAUUCCACACAGGGAUCAAGUGCAUUUCUUUUUGUUGUGGUGCAGAGCUGCCCACUGGCACUACCACAGUGCCAUCCUCAGCUCCAUAGCUUCACUGCGCUCCUCCUCCUCUGGGCCACCCCGCAGCAGCCUGCUCUGCAUCCUCAGCCCUGAUUUCAGCUCAACUGCUGCGUCCCACAAGAGGGACCUCGCCUUUUUCCAUUACUGUGGCUUUAUUUUGCUGGCCACUUUCUCAUCCUAUUCUUGAAACCAGUCUCCAUCCCAGAGUCUCAGUCUGUGUACUGGGGGGCAGCAUCUUCUUAGCUCUGCACUUCCGAUGAUGUUCUUGCAGUCUUUUACCCAGCUGGGAGGGGCUGGGUUUGCUGAGCUCGGAGUCACAAGUUUAUCUGCUGGGUAGCUGAGGGCUGCGUCAGGAGCAGCUGAGCCCAGGAUGGCCACUUCUCUCUGUAGCUGUUAGACUUUUUGUCCGGCGAUGAUAGCCCUGGAAUGGGUUUCUCUGCUGACAGCAUGUGUGUGCUAUAUCCAAGGUGUGCACACGUUUGUAUUCAUUAUUAAAUAAUCACUAAUGAGGUUCUUUUGGCUUGUGUUUGCUGCGUGCAGCAGUGUUUCUGUGUUCCACUGCCAACACGUCAACAAGAUGCAUUUGCAGCAAACCUUCUCCAAAGAGCAUUUAGCUGACGCUGACGCUUUCAGCAAACUUUCUGCUGCAUUGCUGGUCAUCCUCCAUGAGCCAGGAGAGUGGGAUGAACUCAUCCCCACUGUUCUCUGUGUCCUUAUCCGUCCUGUGCCGGGGGGAGUCGUGUGGCAUUGGAUCAAGUGGGUGCCUGAGCUGCUUUUUGCCAGCACGCAGAUGAGCAAAGCUGCAGCCCAGCUCAUCCCAGCCACUCAGAUGGCACCUCUGGAAAUGCUGCUGUUUCCAAAAGCUCUGCCGGUCCCUAGCAAACUUCCUGGGAAGUAGAGUUGCAAUCUCAGAAGGACAUGGAUGUACCGCUGCCCUGCUUUUAAGACUUGUUGAUGGACAGUUUCUCUUUCCAGCUCCUAUUCUUUCAUCCUGACAACUGCAUUCCCAGUUGAAGGCGUCCGGGAAAGCUGCUUUUCCCAGCCUCCCGUAGGCACGGGCAGUGACUGGGACAGCAGGGAGGUGUGGGCUGCUUGGGCUCUCACCUUUCCACUGCUGGUGGUCGCAUUGGGCGAAGAAGGCUGAGCCUCAGCCAAGGCAUCCUCGGUCCCCAUCCUCGGGCUGUACACCUGGAUGGACGGCCUGGAAGCAAAGCGAGGGAGGCUCCCCAAGGCAGGGAAUGCCACUACAGCUUUUCUUGUAGCUGUAGGGUUUUUGAGCAAACCGCAAGGCUAUGAUGUCCCCGCAUCGCACGCAUCUCCCUCUGUGUGUUGUAGCGUCCGUUCGGCCCAUCCUUUAGCUUGGUGGUUGUGAAAUGAAUCCAUCUGUUCUAAGAUGUUCUCAGGAGUUCUUGUUUGUAUUAAGCUCACCCCUAGGCUUAGCAGAAACCAGUCCCCAUCCUUCCUCCUCCCCUCCCCGUGGACAAGCCCUGUCUUUCUCGAGCACUUCCACCCCCUCCCUGAAGGAUGGCGGGAGGCAGCUGGCGGUUUCGAUUCAGGGCACGUUGGCAGCUUAGGGGCAGCCGGAGGAGCUGGGAUGCAGGUGGCCGGUGUUCGCGGCAUGGGUCUGGAGGCCGAUGGUCCCUCGGGCUGCAUUGCUAGCCAAUGUUUUCUAAGUCUGUUUGUAAGAGUACCUAAUUUUAAAAUGAAAUGUGAAUAUAUAUUAUGUGUAGGUGCCAUGUAAGAUAGUGUUGUGCUAGGCGGCGGGAUGCUAACCUACUUUUUAAGCUUUUUUGGGACAGGAAAAAGCAUUUUUCUCUCACUUCAUGCUUACAGAUCUAAUAUUGUAAAUAAUAAGGGUUUUUUAAAAUAUUUAUUUCAUGGGCUUUCCACAGGUUCUUGUUCUGACUGGUGUGUCGGUUGGUGGGGCUGUAUCGCCCAGCACACCGCAACCAAAGGGCUGGCUAUUGCGUGGGGGUGGGGGGAGGAUGGGAUGGGUUUGAGGGCGGUGAUGGUGUUUGGUUUGGGUUUUAUAUCACAUCGAAGUUGAAGCAUUAACUCUUUCCCUUCAUCUGAUUUUGAUGAUGUCAGACCUGGUUGAUGGCCACGGUCCCCGAGGGGGCAGCGAGCUCCCGUGGCUGGCCAGGACGGCUGUUCCCCGGGGCGGGGGGCACUGCAAGCAAUAAGAUUUGUAGUAAUAAGAUUUUUGUAGUAAUGUCUGCUUCAAUGGCAGGGGCUCUUGGGGCUCAGGGCUGGGUGAGAAUAACCCCACUCCGAGUGGAAACUCUUCCCAGUUCAGGAAUGGGGGGGGGGGGGUUCUCUUGGCUGGGAGAUGCCCAAGGAGGCAUCCCCAGGGAUGUGGGAGGUGGGGGCUGCUGUCCCUGGCACUGAACCCCCCCAAAUCAGCCAGGCUAGGGUAGCUAGCUACCAAUAGCAAACUCCUGCGAGUGAAUUACUGCAGUGAGCAGCCGCCUUCGGGGCUCCUGUGCUUCCCACGGGUAUGGGUGAUCCAAGGGAGCACACCGCUGUCACCCUUAAAAUCCCAGUGCCAGCUCCAGAAGGUUGUUUGCUUAUUUGCUUGCCAUUGUGCAAUUUUUUAUUCUCCUCCUAGGGGGUUCGAGGUCAUUUGAUUGUUUUUUUUCCUAAGUGCGUUUGGAUUUUUCUUCCUUUUUUUAACCCCUCUUUGCCUGGAAGUGUUUGCUGGCUGUACCCUCACCCCGGCUGUCCGUGCGGGGCAGCGUCAGCAGGAUCAUUGCUGCUUUUAUGGCAAUGGGUCACUGACUUUGUAGGGUUGAGCGGGACACGAUGCCAGGUCCCAGCCCCGCAGGACCGCUUGCCAGCCCCAUGCUUCCUUCACCCUUGAAACAGGUGUGUUAAAAAACAAACAAACAAGAAAGAAAAGGGAAAAAAUGCAACAACAACCCAGUAAUUUUUUUAAGAUACUCGACGUUUAAAUAUUAUCUCCACCCUGAUGGCAAAUGUUUUUCCUUCAUCUAUGUCUGCUUCCCUGGGAGACUUUUGUUUCUCUGUUUGUUUCUAUAUGAAUUUUAGACACUGAGCUGAAAAGCCCUCCUGUCCGGUACUGUAUGUUUGAGCCUAAGCAAUGUGAACUGUACAGACCAGUGGUGGGAAAUGGGAGCCAGUGACGGUGCCUGGGAGAGCCGUGGCUUGGGACGGCAUUCCUGGUUGCUCUGGGGGGAUCAGGAAGGACUGCAUUGAGUUGGAAAAAUGAACUGUCUGCUGUGAAUUCUUGGUUGGGAAUGUGGAGAGGGGUUUCCAUUAGAUAAUGUUUACAUACCUCACCUGACAAACCUUUGAAAGUGUAUAUAUAAAAAAAAAAAAAAAAAAAAAAAAGAAAAUAAAAUUAUAUUAAGUUGCUUUAAAUCAUUAUGUAUAGCUAUAAGAGCUGGGUCAUUUGAACUUUGAAUAUGUAUCGACUCUCUAAAUGUUGACAUUUUGUGAACUCUGUGCUCCCAUCUUUUAUUUCAUCCUCGCCUAUGGAAGAAGUUGUAUUCUUGUUCCAGGUAAAAGGUUCCUGACUCAGAUCUGAACUCCUCAAGGAUUCCUACCACCUUGUUUUCUUUUCUUCCUCCACUGUUGAUAUUCACCCUAUGUGCUUUCUAAAGGUCCGUAUUUUAUUGCAGCUUAUUAAACGUUUCUUUGAUAUCAAUAUUUGUUUGGUGUGCUAACAGGGAAGAGUGAAGGUGAGACUGCACGAGGCGGGGGCACCAGGCUGACACACCUCUCUGGAAGGGGGGGUGUAAACAG